UUAUCCCUCCUCCAUUUUAGUAUGAUGCGAAACGUAUGCGUGAGCAACAUCCGAAAAACUUCUCGUCGGUGACCGUUUUUACGCACUGUUUGUACACAGAGCAAUUGACAGCAAAACGUGCUAGUUUUUAGGUGGAUGUGAGGUGGAAAUUCAAAGUUUGGUGGUGCUGGUUAAGUGAUCCGGAUUUAUUUUACAAAUAACUUCGUUCUGUAGUGUUUGUUUGAAAUACUAACUGUAAAUAAAUAAACAUAGCGAUAAUUAUGUUUGUGUGUUGGUGUUGAACUGUCUUUUGGACACGAAUUUUUAAAAAUGAACGACUUGCCCGAAGCUCUCAAUUUUACGGGGAGAUCCAUGCAUUCGGCCCACAUUAUGUCCACAGACUUGUUAUCAAAUGUUCAGAAGAUAAAAUCAGAGCCUGGUAUCGGAAACUACACACUGUCUUCUCUGACUUCCACGUUACCUCUUCACAAUCACGCCCUCGCCCCGACGUCGACUUUUAGCCCCCUGACAGGCGAAAAUGCAAACGGCCCGGCGUUCACCGGCAACGGAAACAGCAAUACCUCCGUAGAGUCCAUCGAAGAACCCGUCAGAACGGCCAGUACUAGCUCCAGCCACUCGCCGCAACCGUCUUCAUCGGCGACUAGCACUUCCAAUACCACUAGCACCAACCUAAGCAAACCUCCCUAUUCAUAUGUAGCCUUAAUAGCGAUGGCCAUCCAGUCCUCCCACUCGAAGCGCGCGACCCUCUCUGAGAUCUACGCUUACAUCACCGCGAAAUUCCCCUAUUUCGAGCGCAACAAGAAGGGGUGGCAGAACUCGAUCCGGCACAACCUGAGCUUGAACGAGUGCUUCGUGAAGGUGCCCCGCGAAGGGGGCGGCGAGCGCAAGGGCAACUACUGGACGCUGGACCCCCAGUACGAGGACAUGUUCGAAAACGGGAACUACCGCCGGCGGCGGCGGAUGAAGCGCCCGUACCGCAGCGCCCAGCCGUACCCCAAGGCCUUCUUCGGGGACACUCUGGGGCAGCACGGGCUGCCCCUGGCCAGCAGGAGCAUCUUCACGCCGCCGACAUACCCGCCCCCGUACUCGCGCUACGACGCCGCCUCGUGGCUGGGCCCGUCGCAGUUGGCCUCGUACACCACCUGCAACAGCGGGGGCUACUCGCAGCAAGGAUACCCGAGUCCCGGGUUUAGUUCUUGCGGUGUGAGGCAGGAGGCCGCGGCGAGGUACCCGCCCUACUGGCCCCCCGAUAGUGAGUACCCCCCCGGCCCCCACAGUUCACCCCCUGCUGACCAACAGCUACUGUUACAGUGGUGACUACAGUGAAGGAGGAGCCGAGCAGUCCUACCUACCGGAAGUGCUUCAUUUGAGAUGACAUCGUGAUUCGACAACACAUUUCCAAGGUUUUUUCUCUUCUACUUUCUUAUUGAAUUAGUUUUUUGUUAUUCAUGUGGCUUGAAGCACUCAUGCAGAAUUCAUUGAUUUUGUUUAUUUAUAUUCCGUCCGUUUCAAGCAAUGGGAUCGACGCGAUCCUUGUUUAUAUGUAUUUAUGUAUGUAAUUAAAUUAUGUAUAACAAUGAUUUUUUAUCUGUGAAUUUUAAAUUGUUUUUCAUUGUUAAUUUUCUUUACAUUUUACUAAUGUAAUAGCGAAAAGGUUUAAAUAAAAUUUUCUCAGUAACA